GCCUAGCGGGAGAGGGGGAGGGGGUUCAGGCCGGGUCAUGAGGAGCCGCUCGGCCAGGCUGCCCCUUCCCUCCCUCCCGCCAGUGACGAUCCCUUGCUCCCCCCCUGUGCAUCCCCACCUCUGCUGAGCGGGCCCUUCCUUUUUGCCUUGGCUGGGACUGGAAGCUAAUGGAGGCGGACGCUAACCAAGCCAACUCGGUGCUCAGUGCAGACUCUCAGCACGAUCCCUGCAAAAUGUUCGUCGGGGGACUGAGCUGGCAGACCACGCAAGAAGGUCUUAAGGAAUAUUUCUGUAAAUUUGGAGACGUGAAGGAGUGUAUGGUGAUGCGGGAUCCUGUUACAAAACGGUCAAGAGGAUUCGGGUUUGUCACUUUUGUUGACCAAACGGGCGUAGAUAAAGUUCUAGCGCAACCGAGGCAUGAACUAGAUUCUAAGACGAUUGAUCCUAAAGUGGCUUUUCCACGUAGAGCACAGCCAAAGAUGGUGACCAGAACAAAGAAGAUCUUUGUGGGCGGAUUAUCUGUAAAUACCACAGUGGAGGAUGUCAAGCAGUAUUUCGACCAGUUUGGAAAGGUAGAUGAUGCCAUGCUGAUGUUUGACAAGACAACCAAUCGACAUCGAGGGUUUGGGUUUGUGACAUUUGAGAGUGAAGAUAUCGUGGAAAAGGUUUGCGAGAUUCACUUCCAUGAAAUCAACAACAAGAUGGUGGAGUGUAAGAAGGCACAGCCCAAGGAAGUGAUGUCACCAACAGGAACAGCCAGGGGGCGCUCUCGAGUAAUGCCGUAUGGGAUGGAUGCCUUCAUGUUGGGGAUUGGCAUGCUGGGGUACCCAGGUUUCCAGGCUGCCUCGUACGCAAGUCGUGGUUACACAGGACUUGCUCCCGGUUAUACCUACCAGUUUCCCGGGCCAUUACUGCUGCCUCCAGCCACCACACUUCCAUCUUCAGCCGGGAGGGCUGGACAGUCUGGAGUGCAAACGUCACAGUGGCCUCCAUCUAUGCUGCUGCAGGAUUGGCCAACAGGAGCAAUCCCCCUCACUGCGUAUGGACCAAUGGCAGCAGCUGCAGCAGCGGCGGUGGUUCGAGGGACAGGUUCAACCCCAACCCGCACGGGAGGCUUCCUGGGCACCACCAGCCCAGGCCCCAUGGCAGACCUGUACGGGGCAGCUAAUCAGGACUCUGGGGUCAGCAGUUACAUCAGUGCGGCCAGCCCUGCCCCAAGCACUGGAUUCGGCCACAGUCUGGGGGGGCCUUUGAUUGCGACAGCUUUCACAAAUGGUUACCACUAAAGCAGAGGCACGAAAAUCUGAAAAAGGAAGGCCCCAGCCUAUCAGCAAGAGGAGGAGGAAACAUGGGUUUUGGUGGAGCUCAGGCGACUUUUUAAUAAUUUUACUGCACACACUGACUUACUACCAUAAACUCAACUCCGACCACCCCACCCCAUCAACCGAAGAAAACAUCUCACUCCUUCACUAACAUUUAAAGUUUACGCUUUUGUUUUUCCUGAUUUUUUUUUUGUUUAAUUUAUUUUAUUUUAUUUUUUUUAGCUUAAUGAUCGAUCAGUUUUAAGCCGUGUCUUCUUUUUUGUUGUUGCUUAUUUGAAAGUGUUUAGAUGCAUUCUUUUUAAAAUGGGAGUUUUGUGAUUGUAUUAGAAAAUUUUCCUAAGGACGUUUUUCUUCAUUUUUUUGACCAUUUUUUGGCCAGAUCUUGUUUUUAAUGAGUAAGAGCUAAAGAGGGUAAUGUAAAACACUCCUGAAGAAAAUGGAAUCUUAUCUAAAAAACAAUUUAUUUUGAUAUUCUUUGUAAAUGUCAUCUAUUAACACUGAAUUCCAGUUAUCAUGGAACAAAAAAACAACAUCUGCAGGACAAAAAUGUAUAUUUUGGUAAAAAAAAACACUAUGAAUCAUAAAAGUAUUUUUUUCUGAAAUUGGAUAAAACAUUUCUGUAAAAUAUGUAAAUAGAACAAGCUGGAUUUGUAUUUGCCUUCUGCACAAAAGGUUCUUUUUUGAGUACGGUAGUAUUUUUUUGAGAAAAGGGGAGGCCCGUGGCCCCUACACAGCCUAAGACUUAGCAAUACUGUAGAUGACCUUUGACUUCCCAGGAGAUUCUGUAGUUGACGUCGUAAGGGGCUAAUUUACUGUAGAAUUGUGUUUUUUUUCUUUGACUUCUCAUUUAAAUGAAGGACAUUGGUAAGAAAUGAAUGGUACCUCAAGAGGUCAUAAAGCUGCUAAACAAAAAGAAUAAAUAAAUAAAAUCCACACACUACAUAUCUAUAAAGGUUGUGUAGGCCGGGCCAGGUCUCCAUUUUUUUGACCCUAGUUUGAGAAAGAAUGGUUGUUGCUAUAGCUACCACUAUUUUACCUCAGCUGGUCACUUCCACAAAGCUGUCAACUCUCCUGGUUUUUAUCCGUAGUACUCGUACAUGCUUAGUCUGUUUUUUGUUUAUUUUAAACUCUUGUGAACAGCCUGCACUUCCAAUCAGCUGCAAGGUGCAUUCUAACUGACCUUGCUUACCUUGAGUAAUGUAACGUGGAAACCAGUGCCUUCUCGGCUGUCAAUAUGAAAAGGAAGAGGAAUUUCUUGAGCAUGAGCAGUAGAGCCAAGUCAAGUCAUACCACUGUUUACCGUGAAGGGCAAGCUUGCACGUUAGGGUUGC